GGACGGAGCCAACCCGGAGUGAGAGCGCCGAGACCUGGCGCGUCCGGGGAGAGCCGGAGAGCUUCGCAGCCCGGCCGCGGGGGCGGCGUGGAGACCCAGGGCAGGAAUAUUCAACAUAAAGUUGCAGCCGUUUUCCACAGGAUCAGUAAUCAAGAUUUUUCUUUUUAAAAAGAGAUUUCCAGGUUAAAGAUGAAAGGAAAAUGCCGGAAUUGUUUGGAUACUAAGUGACAGGAUAAAGAGUACGGUAUUUCACAGUUACUUAUAAUGGAGCCUCAGUAAAAUCCGUACUUUGUCAUGCACCCAACUGGGAACAUGGAUGCCAGUUUUUCUCGUUCUGCUGUUCAGACACUGUCAAGAAGCCACUGCAAAAACAUCAAACAAAAAAUUUCUCAGUGGGAAGGUAGAGCUAACGGUAUAUCUAAUCCAGAGAAGUGGCAUCCGAAGGACUUUGGAGUGAGAUAUACUAACUGCCAUCAAGAGAUUCUUCUUAAGAAAAGUCCUGUUGCUGAGGGAAAGAGCAAAAAGUUGGAUAUAACCAACUCUCGAAGUGUUGGUCUAGACGUUAAUGAAGAUGCUAACAGCCACGCUCAAACUGAGGACGAAGGUGGGCAAUGCGGAUGUGAUGACCCACACUUCUUUAGAAAUGAAUCGGAAUCCAACUGGGUAUGUUCUAGGGUCAAACAGAUCGAAAGCUGGAAAGGGGUUGUUCUGGAUCCAGAGACUUCCUUACCUCCAGGAAACUUCUAUACUUCCCAGAUACUGUGGAAGAAAAUAGAAGCACUCCCCCCAGAUAAAGUCUUAAAUUUGGCUUUAGAACACUGUGACUCUUCAGAAAAAGAAAAUUUCAGAAUUCUGGAUAGUUCAUAUGGAAUAACCAAGAGCUUAGAAAAUAUUUACUCUGAACCCGAGGGACAAGAAUGCAGACCUUCUAUAAAUCCUUUGCCCAAACCUCGCAGGACAUUCAGAUAUUUAUCUGAAUCCGGUGUUAUGCCAUCUAAGGAAAGAAACUGUGACAGAAAAUACUGUGAAAAUAAUUCCUGCACGGAGUCUUCUUUGGCCUCUUGUCAGGAACCUGAACCGGAGAAAUACAGCAGAAAAAUCAGAGGGAGAUCUAAAAGGAAAUCCUUUGAAUUUGAGGAUAUUCAGCACUUUCGAAAUCGGAGCUCACAGAAGAUUCAUGAAGAACUUGGAAGAAAUUCCGGCUCAGCACUUUAUUACACACAGUCGGAGGACAAUAUUUAUGAGGAUAUCAUAUAUCCCGCCAAAGAAAAUCCCUAUGAAGACAUUCCAGUGCACCCUUUGCCCAUGUGGAGAUCCCCUUCGGCUUGGAAGCUACCGCCCCCAAAAAGUGCUUUCAGAACACCAAAGCUUCCUCCCAAACCUCAGUUCCUCAACCGGAAGACUAUGGAACUGAAGAGCUCCCAAGCUUAUUUACGGUCAAAGCUCACAAAGGAUACCACUUUGCCUGUCACUUUAACUGAAUGGAAGCUUUUCCGAGCUGGAGAAGUUGCAAACAGGAAGAGGAAAAAUCUUCCAAGGCUUGUAUUGAAAAUCGCUGACAUAUUUGAAUCUAAGAGAGGGAAAAAGAGGGUAAAGUUACAUCCAUACACUGGAAAAGAUGUACCUCCCUCAAAAGGUGAAGCCAGUGGGAACGAAAGUGAUGCUGAGUAUCUGCCAAAGAAUCGCCACAAGCGCUUAGCACAAUUGCAACAGUCUUCCAAGAGGAAUCCUCACUACCAGACCUUGGAGAGGGAUCUCAUUGAACUACAGGAGCAGCAGCUCUUUGAACUUUUUGUGGUGGUGUCUCUCCAGAAGAAGCCAUCAGAAAUAAGCUACAUCCCCCAGGUCAUACAGCAGUUCCCUAGCAAGGGUGAUCAUGGCUUUAAACAGUCCAGAGACACUGAAGAGAGGCUCAAAGUUAUCCCCAAAUUUUGUUUUCCCGACUCAAAGGACUGGGUGCCAACCUCAGAACUCAAGAGUGAAACGUUCUCCUUUGUCUUAACUGGUGAAGAUGGGAGCCGGUGGUUCGGUUACUGUAAGAAGCUCUUGCCGGAAGGCAGAGGGAAGCGACUUCCUGAGGUCUACUGCAUGGUUAGUCGCCUCGGCUGCUUCAACCUUUUUUCCAAGAUUCUGGAUGAAGUAGAGAAGAGAAGAGAGAUGUCUCCAGCCCUGGUUUACCCGUUCAUGCGAAGUGUCAUGGAAGCUCCUUUCCCAGCUCCUGGACGUACCAUCACAGUUAAGAGCUACCUCCCUGGGGCUGGUGAUGGGUCCAUUGAACUCUGCCGACCACUGGAUUCCCGACUGGAGCAUGUUGACUUUGAAUGUCUCUUUAAGUGCCUGAGUGUGUGCCAUCUCAUCCGGGUCUGUGCCUCCCUCCUGUUGGAACGGAGGGUAAUCUUUGUCGCUAACAGCCUAAGCACCCUGUCCAAAUGUGGCCAUGCUGUGGUUGCCACACUGUAUCCAUUCACCUGGCAGCAUACCUACAUUCCAGUCCUCCCAGCAUCUAUGAUUGACAUCGUGUGCUCACCCACCCCAUUCCUUAUUGGAAUCCUGUCUUGCUCCUUACCACAGCUUCAGGACCUACCCAUUGAAGAGGUGCUGAUAGUUGAUCUCUGUGCAGACAAGUUCUUACAGGAGGUAUCUGAUGAGGACGAAAUUCUACCUCCUAAACUCCAAGCUGCCUUGAUGCAGAUUUUGGAAGAACGGAAUGAAAUCUUGGCUCAGGAGCAGAAUUUUUCACCAGAUGUGACACUCAACUCUCUGGUGUCUGAGGCAUUUGUGAGGUUUUUUGUGGAGCUAGUGGGACAUUAUUCUUUGAGCAUGACUGUCACUGAGCGUGGAGAGCGUGUAUUCCAAAGGGAACCAUUCCGUAAAUCCCAUACCUCCCGAAGUGUACGCCACUUCCUGGAUCUCUUCAUGGAAACACAGAUGUUUGCCGGCUUCAUCCAGGACCGAGAGCUUCGGAAAAGUGGGGUGAAAGGUUUGUUUGAGGUCCGGGCCCUCCAGUAUUUGGAAACAAUUCCAGAGUCCGAGCCCAGUGGGAUGAAUAAAAUUUUGCGGAGUCUUGGAAGUAAGAUGAAAUUUCUGCAGAAGAAAUGAAAUCUUUGAUAGACUCU